UUAGAGGGAACAUUAGCUGUUUCUGGCUGCUCAAAAUAAUUAUAAUUUAUAAUUGCGGCUGCGCUGCUAUCGUUAAUAACUUUUAUUGAUGUGCAUAAUAAAAAAGAAAAAAAAUUUGGAACGCUUCUUCUACCGUGUGAUAUUGAUUAAAGUGCAGUGAAAAGCUCAAACUGAACGACAAACCGUCGCCGUCGCCGUUGCUACCCCUCAGACCAAGUAAAACAAAUUUUCUGGUGUAAUUAUAGUGCUCAUUGAUUACUCAUUGAUAAGACCGUGCAAUUGAGAAUAUGGCGGAACGUGAGCGCAGCAUACACGAGAUGCUCAAAGACACGCCAUCAAUGAACGACAGUUGUGGUGCCGUGCACACCGGCACGGAGGGCGACAGCUUGGGGAUUGGCUCAGCAAUGGGGCUCAGCGGCAGCAGCAGCAGCCAUAGCAUUGGAACUGGCAUCCCAUUAAAUACGUCCAGCAAUUUGCCAUUACGAAAUCAUUCAGCGCCCACCACACCCAUGUCACCGACCACAUCACAAGCAAGCAACGGCUUCCUAACAUCAACAGAUGGUAGCAGCAGCCUGAUUCGGACAAGUGCUUCCAAGAUCGAUAGCAUUAAGAACUGGAGCAUAUCAACGUACAAGUGCACUCGUCAAAUAAUGCUCGAAAAGCUGGGCAAAUCACAGCGAACUGUCGAUUCGGAGCUGGAAGCGCAGAUCGAGCAAUUGCGCGAGACCCAACGAAAAUACUUGUCCAUUUUGCGUUUGACUCGCGCCUUCAGCUCACAUUUUCAGCAUGUUGUUGUAUCGCAACAGUCACUGGCAGAUGCUUUUUCCGAUCUGGCGCAAAAGAAUCCGGAAUUGCAAAAGGAAUUCAUCUGCAACUCGGAGACGCAACGAAACUUGACCAAGAACGGUGAAUUACUCUUGAAUGCACUCAACUUUUUCAUCUCGUCGGUGAAUACGCUGUGCAACAAGACAAUCGAUGAUACGCUGCUAACGAUACGACAAUACGAGACGGCCAGAAUCGAAUUCGAUGCCUACCGAAUGGACUUGGAGAACACAAAGCCGGAGAUAACCCAAGCGGCGUCUGCACUAGAGGAAACACAACGCAGCUAUGCACACCACAAGGAUCUGUACGAGAAACUCCGAGGUGAUGUAGCCGUCAAAAUGCAAUUUCUUGACGAGAAUCGCAUCAAGGUGAUGCACAAGCAGCUUAUUUUACUGCAUAAUGCCAUUGCGGCUUACUUCUCGGGCAAUGCCAUGGCACUGGAGAGUACUUUGAAACAGUUCAACAUCAAGUUAAAAUCACCGAAUAAUGGAAAUGGAUCCUGGCUGGAACAGUAGUAGAGCCUGCUCAUCAAAUCACAUGCAUGGAAAAGUAUUAUCCCCUGUAGCACGUAAAAAAUUUUUCACCUAUCUGCCGGCAUUUAUGCAUACAUAUAUUCCAAACAAAA